AUGGCGCUGCCGCACUCUCCUCUCUUGGAGCCUCAUUCCCUCUCACCUCUCUCCUCCAAGUUCCGCCACGUCAUCCCCCUCAACAACUGCCUCCGUACUUCCUUCUUCGCCGGGAAAGCCUUCCGCCUGCCGGAAACCUCACGGAUUUCGAGCCGGAGACGCCGGCGAGCGCAGGCGGCGGCUUCUCUGGGAGGUCUUUUCGGCGGGAUUUUCAAAGGGACUGACACUGGCGAGUCCACAAGGCAGCAGUACGCUCAGACUGUGGCUCUCAUCAAUGGCUUGGAAUCUCAGAUUUCCAAGCUUUCCGAUUCCGAGCUCAGGGAGAAGACGCUUCAGUUUCAGCAGCGCGCUAAGCAGGGCGAGUCCUUGGACUCUCUUUUACCCGAAGCAUUUGCCGUCAUAAGAGAGGCUUCGAGGAGGGUUUUAGGCCUUCGUCCUUUUGAUGUACAACUCAUAGGUGGCAUGGUUCUUCACAAGGGGGAAAUAGCUGAGAUGAGGACCGGAGAAGGAAAGACCCUUGUUGCUAUCUUACCCGCUUAUUUGAAUGCCUUGACUGGAAAGGGAGUUCAUGUUGUCACUGUCAAUGAUUAUCUAGCCCGACGUGAUUGUGAGUGGGUUGGUCAAGUUCCUCGUUUCCUUGGAUUGAAGGUUGGCCUGAUCCAACAGAAUAUGACAAGCGAACAAAGAAGGGAGAAUUACUUAUCUGACAUCACAUAUGUUACAAACAGUGAGCUUGGUUUUGACUACCUGAGAGAUAAUCUGAGUGUUGAGGAGCUUGUCUUGAGGAAUUUCAAUUACUGUGUCAUUGAUGAGGUUGAUUCCAUCCUUAUUGAUGAAGCAAGAACACCCCUCAUUAUAUCAGGACCUGCAGAAAAACCCAGCGAUAGGUACUAUAAAGCUGCAAAGAUGGCUUCAGUGUUUGAGCGAGAUAUACAUUAUACUGUAGAUGAAAAGCAGAAAACAGUUCUGCUUUCAGAACAAGGAUAUGAAGAUGCUGAAGAGAUUCUAGGUGUCAAAGAUUUAUAUGAUCCACGUGAACAGUGGGCAUCUUAUGUUCUGAAUGCAGUGAAAGCAAAAGAACUGUUUCUCAGAGAUGUAAAUUAUAUUAUUCGUGGCAAAGAGGUUCUCAUUGUUGAUGAAUUUACUGGACGAGUUAUGCAGGGGAGGCGGUGGAGUGAUGGCCUUCACCAAGCAGUUGAAGCAAAAGAGGGUCUUCCAAUUCAAAAUGAAACUGUAACUCUGGCAUCUAUUAGCUACCAAAACUUCUUUCUCCAGUUUCCAAAACUUUGUGGAAUGACUGGGACUGCAGCAACAGAAAGCACAGAAUUUGAAAGCAUAUACAAGCUUAAAGUUACAAUUGUCCCCACAAACAAGCCUAUGAUAAGAAAGGAUGAGUCUGAUGUAGUUUUCAGGGCAACUACAGGAAAAUGGCGGGCAGUUGUAGUGGAGAUAUCUAGAAUGCACAAAACAGGUCGCCCUGUACUUGUUGGAACAACUAGUGUUGAGCAGAGUGACUCAUUGUCUGAGCAGUUGCAAGAAGUUGGGAUUCCCCAUGAGGUUCUCAACGCAAAACCAGAGAAUGUGGAGAGGGAAGCAGAAAUUGUGGCACAAAGCGGUCGUCUAGGAGCAGUUACCAUUGCAACCAAUAUGGCAGGUCGAGGAACAGACAUAAUUCUUGGUGGGAAUGCAGAAUUUAUGGCAAGGUUGAAGCUACGUGAGAUGCUAAUGCCUAGAGUUGUAAAACUAACUGAAGGAGGUUAUGUUUCAGUGAAAAAACUUCCACCGAAAAAGUCUUGGAAGGUUAAUGAAAAGCUAUUUCCAUGCAAAUUGUCCAGUGAAAAGACCAAGUUAGCUGAGGAAGCUGUCAAUUUAGCUGUUGAAACUUGGGGUCAGAGAUCAUUGACAGAGCUUGAAGCAGAGGAGCGUCUUUCUUAUUCUUGCGAAAAGGGACCUGCUUUGGAUGAUGUGAUAGCUAAACUGCGGAGUGCUUUUCUAGAAAUCAUGAAAGAAUAUAAGGGCUACACAGAGGAAGAAAGGAAGAAGGUUGUGUCAGCUGGUGGGCUUCAUGUUGUUGGGACAGAACGCCAUGAAUCUCGCCGAGUUGAUAAUCAGUUGCGUGGUCGAACUGGACGGCAGGGGGAUCCUGGCAGUUCACGCUUCUUCUUAAGUCUUGAAGAUAACAUCUUUCGUAUAUUUGGUGGAGAUCGCAUUCAGGGUUUAAUGAGAGCUUUUAGAGUUGAGGACUUGCCAAUCGAGUCCAAGAUGCUGACCAAAGCACUAGAUGAAGCUCAGCGGAAAGUGGAAAAUUAUUUUUUCGAUAUUCGAAAGCAACUAUUUGAGUUUGAUGAAGUCCUAAACAGCCAAAGAGACCGUGUGUAUACGGAAAGAAGGAGAGCCCUUGAAUCUGACAAUCUGCAAUCACUUAUAAUUGAAUAUGCGGAACUAACUAUGGAUGAUAUCUUAGAGGCAAAUAUUGGUUCAGAUGCUCCGAAAGAAAGCUGGGAUCUUGACAAGCUCAUCAAGAAACUUCAACAAUAUUGCUAUCUAUUGAAUGAUCUGACGCCGGAUGUGCUGAGUAGUGAAUGUUCAAGUUACGAAGAUUUGCAGGACUACCUCCGUCUUCGAGGUCGUGAAGCAUAUUUGCAGAAAAGGACUAUCAUCGAGAGCCAGGCACCGGGCUUGAUGAAGGACGCUGAACGGUUCUUAGUUUUGAACAAUAUCGACCGUUUGUGGAAGGAGCACUUACAAGCACUCAAGUUCGUCCAGCAAGCUGUAGGUUUGCGUGGCUACGCACAACGGGAUCCACUUAUUGAAUAUAAGCUUGAAGGCUACAAUCUUUUCUUAGACAUGAUGGCACAGAUAAGAAGAAAUGUUAUAUAUUCCAUAUACCAGUUUCAACCUGUCAUGGUGAAGAAGGAUGGGGACAAAAGAGAGAAUAAGAAAUCAGAAAAAGUCGUCACUAAUGGUAGUGGUAAUGGCAACCCAACUUCAGUUGGCAGUGUCGAGUCUUCUUCAGCAGCUGCCACUCCCCAGUCUAGUGCAUAAAACCUACAGGAUAAUUCCGGCAGAAGUUCAAGACGAAGAGGCUUGAAAUAGAAGCUUCAUUCAGUACUCCUCAUUGGUUAACAGGUUACAAAUGAUAUCAAAGCCUUCAGUGGAUUUGGAGUUUGGGAGUAAUGGACUAUAUGACUUUCAAAUGAUAUAACAGGUUACAUUGCCGUUUGCAGUAUGUAAGAAGUUGACUAUAAACCGAUACUCGUACUUGUACAUAAGAUUGUUGGUUUGUCUCUCAACCG